AUGUUUAGCUGGAAACGUCCAUUAGAGAUUUUUCGUUUAACACUCAAUUACGGAACCGAAGAUUUCGGGGAGGAACUGAACCGUUCCUCCACCUCAUCCUCCACAUGCUCCUCCUCCUCUUCCACCAUAAUAACACCGUCAUCUUCGCCGGCGGAGAUUGCAACGGAGGCUGCAGCGGAUGAUGAGGAGCAGGUAGGGUUUAGAAUUGAAUUGGAUUGGAAUGCAGGGGAUGAUGAGGAUCAGGUGGCGUUGAGGUUACAGUCGCAGUUAAUGGUUGCCUUGCCUGCGCCGCAGGAUUGUGUGACGGUGGAUUUGAAGGCGGAGGAAGAGGAGGAGGAGGGAAGAGUGAAGGUGGGGAUGAAGGUGGAGAAGAAGAGAGAGGAAUUGAGAGGGGUGGUAUUAGGCAAGAGUGGAUCAGGUCAACAGAGUGAUGGAGCUGGUGUAUUAACUCGGCUGUUUAGAUCUGAUGGUGGUAGGCAUUGGAAGAGUGUUACUUUGCUUAGUGUUUGCGGUUGUGGAUUGUUGUCAGGAUUUCAUGUGCAGACAUUGCCUGCUGAAAUAGUUCAAUUGCCAAAUCUUGAGAAGCUUUAUCUUGAUAACAAUAGGCUUUCAGUUUUGCCGCCUGAGCUUGGUGAGUUGAAGAGUUUGAAAAUUCUCGCUGUUGAUUACAACAUGCUAGUUUCAGUUCCUGGUAAGAAUCUGAUCACAAUAUGCAUGUAA